AUGGCUAGAUCUGUGAGAAGGGUUUUCACUUACGUAUCAAUAUUCGUAUUGAUAAUAAUUCUGAAAAGACAGUUAAGCAGCACAGAUCAAAUGUCAUUGAAACAGCCGGUGGUGGUUGUUGGUUCCGGACUAGCAGGUCUAACCACGAGUAACCAUCUCAUAAGCAAAUAUAAAAUUCCCGUAGUGCUGCUGGAUAAGGCCGCUUCCAUCGGUGGGAACUCUAUCAAGGCAUCAAGUGGUAUUAAUGGUGCCCACACAGGCACUCAACAAAACUUAAAAAUCAUGGACACUUCUGAAUUAUUUUUGGAAGACACCAUUCAUUCCGCUAAGGGAAGAGGAGUUCCUUCAUUGAUGGGCAAGUUGACCAAGGAAUCUAAGGGCGCUAUUAAAUGGCUACAAACAGAAUUUGGUUUGAAACUAGAUCUUCUUGCACAAUUGGGCGGUCAUUCUGUUCCAAGGACUCAUAGAUCCUCUGGUAAAUUACCACCGGGAUUUGAAAUUGUACAAGCGCUGUCCAAAAGAUUAAAAGACAUUUCCUCUCAAAAUUCUAAACUUAUGAAGAUUAUGCUGAACAGUGAAGUAGUCGAUAUCGAACUGGAUAAUGACGGUCAUAUUACCGGUGUAUUGUACUUAGAUGAGAAUGGCAGCCGCCAAAUCCUGAAAUCUCGCAAUGUCGUUUUUUGCUCAGGUGGCUUCGGUUUUUCUAAGGAAAUGUUAGGAGAAUAUUCACCAAAUUUGGUCCAUUUGCCAACUACAAACGGCAAGCAAACAACAGGCGAUGGGCAAAAAAUUCUUUCGAGGUUAGGUGCUGAAUUAAUUGAUAUGGAUCAAGUGCAAGUUCACCCCACUGGCUUUAUUGACCCGGAUGACCGUAAAAAUACCUGGAAAUUUUUGGCCGCAGAGGCAUUGAGAGGUUUAGGUGGCAUCUUAUUACACCCUAUCACCGGUCGAAGAUUUACUAAUGAAUUGAACACUCGAGAUGCAGUGACCCUUGAAAUACAGUCCAAGUGUCCGAAAAAUGAUAACAGAGCUCUUUUGAUUUUGAGUGACAAGGUUUAUGAGAAUUACACAAAUAAUAUAAAUUUUUACAUGUCCAAGAACUUGAUCAAAAAAGUGACCAUUAAGGAUUUGGUUAAAAACUAUGACUUACAGACUACAACCUCUGAAUUAGUUGACGAAUUAAAAGGCUAUUCUGACGUUAACACCAAGGACAGAUUUGAUAGACCAUUAAUAGUUAAUACCUUUGGUAGAGAUAUCUCGCCUGAAACAACUGUUUAUAUUGGUGAAAUUACGCCAGUUGUUCAUUUUACCAUGGGUGGUGUGAAAAUCAACGAAAACUCCCAAGUAAUUAGAAAGAAUUCGCAGAGCGUCUUGUCCAAUGGCCUUUUUGCUGCCGGCGAAGUAUCAGGCGGUGUUCAUGGAGCCAACAGAUUGGGUGGAUCCAGUUUAUUGGAAUGUGUUGUCUUUGGCAAGACAGCUGCUGAUAACAUAGCAAAACUUUACUGA